CGGGGCUGCCUGCGGAAGGGGCCGUGCGCGUGGGGUCGCUCCGCAGCUGCGAGUUCAUGGCGUCCCGGUGCUCCGAGCCCGACCCGGAGGUCUCCGGAGUCCCCACUGCCAGGGGAUGCAACGGCUCCUCCCUGUCUGGUGCCCUCUCCUGCUGCGAGGACUCGGCCCAGGGCUCGGGCCAGCCCAAGGCCCUUACGGUGGCCGAGGGUCCCAGCUCCUGCCUUCGGCGGAACGUGAUCAGCGAGAGGGAGCGCAGGAAACGGAUCUCGUUGAGCUGUGAGCGUCUGCGGGCCCUGCUGCCCCAGUUUGAUGGCCGGCGAGAGGACAUGGCCUCAGUCCUGGAGAUGUCUGUGCAGUUUCUGCGGCUUGCCAGCGCCCUGGGGCCCAGCCAGGAGCAGCAUGCUAUGCUUGCUUCUUCCAAGGAAAUGUGGCACUCGUUGCAGGAGGACGUCUUACAGUUGACGCUGUCGAGUCAGAUUCCAGCAGGCGUGCCAGACUCUGGGACGGGAGCGUCUGGCGGGACUCGAACUCCAGAUGUGAAGGCGUUUCUGGAAAGUCCUUGGUCCCGGGAUCCGGCAUCGGCCGGCCCAGAGCCCCUGCCCCACGUCCUUGAGUCCUCCAGGCAUUGGGACCCUCCGAGCUGCACGUCCCUGGGCACAGACAAGUGUGAGGUGCUGUCGGGGCUGUGUCAGGUGCGGGGUGGGCCGCCCCCUUUCUCAGAACCUUCCAGCCUGGUGCCGUGGCCCCCAGGCCCGAGUCUUCCUAAGGCUGUGAGGCCACCCCUGUCCUGGCCUCCGUUCUCGCAGCAGCAGACUUUGCCUAUGAUGAGUGGGGAGGCCCCUGGCUGGCUGGGCCAGGCUGGGCCCCUGGCCAUGGGGGCUGUACCUCUGGGGGAGCCAGCUGAGGAGGCCCCCAUGCCUGUGCAAGACGCCAGGUCUGUGUUGGGGUCUGAUAUGGAGGAUGGGACGUCCUUCCUGCUGACUGCCGGUCCCAGCUGGUGGCCGGGGUCUCUGGAGGGCCGAGGAGGCAGUGGCCCUGCAUGGGCUCCAGCUGAGAGCAGUCCACUGGAUCAGGGAGAGCCAGGCUUCCUAGGGGACCCUGAGCCUGGCUCCCAGGAGCUCCAGGACAGCCCUCUGGAGCCGUGGAGCCUGGAUGUGGACUGUGCAGGCCUGGCCCUGAAAGACGAGGUGGAAAGCAUCUUCCCUGACUUCUUCGCCUGCUAGCAGCCGGGCUGUGGAGAGGAGGCAGGCAGGGCCGGUGGAUCUGGAGCCGCGUGUGUCCCUGUCGCAUGCUUGGGCAUUUUAUUUUGGGUUUGGGUUGCAGCUGCACCCUAAUUUGAGCGAGGCUUACAGGCUGUGACAAGAGGAUACUGAAUAUUAAAGAGAGAAAGCAGUUUUCCUGGAGGAAGCAAAA